ACAGGGCACCAACGACUACGAAAUGUGGCUACGUUACGAUCUGUAUACCAACAAACAUAUACAGUGGUACUACUUCCGGGUAUCAAACACUCGUGCCAAUGUUAAAUACCGCUUCACCAUCGUCAAUUUCAUCAAGUCAGACUGCCUAUACAACUAUGGUAUGAAGCCAUUGAUGUACAGUGAGAAAGAGGCUCAGACAAAGAAAGUGGGCUGGAUACGGUCUGGUAGUGACAUCAAAUACUACAGGAAUAAUAUCAAAUAUGAGACUUCCAAGGGAGAGAAGCCAUUUUACUCUCUAACAUGGACGGUGGAGUUCCCACAUGACAACGACACAGUUUACUUUGCUCACUGCUUCCCAUACACAUAUACAGACCUACAAGAUUAUCUACUAGAUAUAUCAAACGACCCGGUGAAGUCCAAAAUCUGUAAACAGAGAGUGCUAUGUCGGACACUCGCCGGAAACCUAGUCUACGUGCUCACCAUUACCUCCCCUUCACAAAACCCUGAAGACAUCAAGCAUAAAAAAGCUGUGGUGAUCACAUCACGAGUACAUCCUGGCGAGUGUAACGCUAGCUGGAUGAUGAAAGGUUUCCUCGACUACCUGACGGGUAACUCAGCUGAUGCUAAGCUCCUGCGAGAUACAUUCAUCUUCAAGAUUGUGCCAAUGUUGAACCCAGAUGGUGUGAUAGUGGGUAACUAUCGGUGCUCCCUGGCUGGCCGAGACCUCAACAGAAACUACAAAACUGUGCUCAAAGACUCGUACCCCUCCGUGUGGCACACGAAAAACAUGAUCAGGAAACUCCUUCAGGAGAGAGAGAUCAUUGUGUAUUGUGACCUUCACGGACAUAGCAGAAAACAAAAUGUGUUCAUCUACGGCUGUGAAAACCGCCACAACCCGGAGAAACGUCUCCGAGAACGGAUCUUCCCUGUCAUGCUCAACAAGAACGCUCCAGAUAAGUUCAAGUUUGAGUCAUGUAAGUUCAAGGUUCAGAAGAGUAAAGAAGGGACAGGUCGAAUUGUCAUGUGGCACAUGGGCAUUAUGAACAGCUACACAAUGGAGGCAACAUUUUGUGGCUCCACCAUUGGGAAGAAGAAGGGCUACCACUUUACCUUGGUGGACUUUGAGGCGAUGGGGUACCACUUCUGUGACACUCUACUGGACUACUGUGAUCCGGACAACACAAAGUGUGCUAAUGUACUUCUGGAACUGGAGGAUAAGAUGAAGAGAGACAUCCUUGCCAAACUCCAGAGAGCAGGAAUCACUCCCAGCUCUGCUGAUGACAUUGACCUCAGUGACGACUUCAGCUCUCUCGAGUCCAGUGAUGGUGGAUCCGACAGCUCCGUCUCUGAUGGACCUCCGGUACAUUUGCAGUUCGCUCCUCAAAGGGAGGAUAUACAAGUACGUACUCCGUACAGAUUCCGCAUGUUGUCUCAACAAGUUUGUUAUCUCCUCUUAAUCCUUCCUUCCUUCUGA